CUCACAGCCCCCGACGGACACGGACGAGGCAGCAGUGUGGACCUGGUCGUGGUGAUGAAGUGGAGUGUUGGUUCUGCUGGCAGGAUGACUGUGGCCAAGCUGAUUUUGUCCUCCUUCAUCCUGCACUCUCUGAGUGAAGCCAGCAACCAGCCUCCUCGAUUCCAGAACUACUUCUUCCAGACCUACCUCCUGAUCUAUGAGGACACGCCAGUCGGUUCCUCUGUGACGCAGCUGAGGGCCCUGGAUCCUGACGAGGAGCCCCUGGUGUACGGGGUAGUCGGGGAGGAGGCCCAAAGAUACUUUGCUGUGGAGAGCACCACGGGAGUGGUGUGGCUUAAACAGCCUCUGGACCGGGAGUCCAAGUCAGAGAUGCAGGUGGAGUUCUCAGUCAGUGACAGCCAGGGGGUGGUCAAAGACACAGUGAAUGUCCAAAUCGGAGACGUCAAUGACAAUGCCCCCACCUUCCACAACCAGCCCUACACUGUGCGAAUUCCGGAGAACACGCCGGUGGGGACCUCUGUGUUUAUGGUGAACGCGACUGAUCCAGACCAGGGCACCGGGGGCAGCGUGCUCUUCUCCUUCCAGCCCCCCUCGCCAUUCUUCGCCAUCGACGGGGCGCGCGGCACCGUCACCGUCACGAGAGCCCUCGACUACGAGACCACGUCCACCUACCAGCUAACUGUCAACGCCACGGACCAGGACAAGAGACGCCCCUUGUCCCGUCUGGCCAACCUUGCCAUCACCAUUACUGAUGUGCAAGACAUGGAUCCCAUCUUUAUCAACCUUCCCUACAGCACCAAUAUCUAUGAGGACUCCCCCCCGGGCUAUGAGGUGCGGAAGAUUACGGCCAUCGACCAGGAUCGGGGGAAUCCGAGGGGCAUCGGCUACACCAUCGUCUCAGGUAACACCAACAGCAUGUUCGCUCUGGACUACAUCAGCGGGUCCCUAACUGUGAAUGGGCAGCUGGACCGGGAGAAUCCCCUCUACUCUGCUGGAUUCGUCCUCACCGUCAAGGGCACGGAGUUAAAGGAUGACCGCACACCCUCAGAUGCUACAGUGAUGACCUCCUUCACGAUUCUGGUGAUGGACAAGAAUGACAACGCCCCUCAGUUCAACAGCUCAGAGUACCGCGUCCGCAUCACAGAGCUGGCCCAGGUCGGCUUCGCCCUACCCCUCUUCAUCCAGGUCGAGGACAAGGAUGAGGGCGCUAAUAGCAUGUUCCAGGUGUUCCUCACGGGGAACAACUCGGACCACUUCACCAUUUCCCCCACGUCAGUGCAGGGGAGGGCAGACAUCCGGGUCCGUGUGGCCGUGCCUCUGGACUACGAGACCAUAAGGAGCUACAGCUUCUCUUUGUAUGCUAAUGAGUCGCUGUCAGAACACGUCGGAUUUGCUCGUGUUAAUAUUGACCUCAUCAAUGAAAAUGACAACAGGCCCAUCUUCAGCAAGACGCUAUAUAACAUCAGCCUGCCCGAGAACACACCGUAUGGUACCUCACUGGUGCAGAUCAUGGCAACAGAUAAUGAUUUUGGCUCUUUUGGAACUGUGCGAUACUACUUCAGUGAUGAUCCUGACCAGUUCUUGCUGGACGCAGAGACAGGAUGGGUGACCCUGAGGGAGGCGCUGGACUUCGAGCUGAUGCGGCGAUACACCCUGACCAUCCUGGCCCGGGACGGGGGAGGCGAGGAGACCACAGGGCGCCUAAGGGUCAACGUGCUGGAUGUGAACGACAACACACCCAUCUUCCAGAAGGAGUCAUACAUGGGCUGGCUGAGAGAGAACGAGCAGGCCGUUCAGCAGGUGGCCCGGAUCAGGGCCACAGAUGAAGACUCACCACCUAACAACGUACUAACAUACACCAUCACCUCUGCCUCUCUUUUUUCUUCGUACUUCAGUAUCACCAUGGUGGAGGGAUAUGCAGUGAUCAGUGUGAACAGUCCUAUGGAUUACGAAGCAGUUCCAGGUGGAAUGAUCUAUCUGACAGUGAUGGCCAAAGACGGAGGGACCCCACCUCUCAACAGCACCGUCCCUGUCACCAUCGAGCUAUUCGAUGAAAAUGACAACCCCCCUACUUUCAGCCAGCCAUCCUACAUUAUCAAAAUACCAGAGGACAUUGGUGCAGGAGCAACAGUGCUGUAUGUGAACGCUACUGAUCGGGACGCAUCACGGGAGUUUGGCCAGGCCUCCCUCAUCUACUCCCUCGAAGGGUCCACGCAGUUCCGACUCAACACUCGCUCAGGAGAGAUCACCACCACAGCUCUGCUUGAUCGUGAGGCCAAGUCGGAGUAUAUCCUCAUUGUACGAGCCGUAGAUGGAGGGGUGGGGCCUCUACAGAAGACUGGCAUUGCCACAGUGAACAUCACUCUGCUGGACAUCAAUGACAAUGCCCCUGUGUGGCGAGAUGAGCCCUACAACGUCAACGUGGUUGAAAUGAGCCCCAUAGACACCGACGUGGUCACAGUUCUUGCAGUAGACCCAGAUUAUGGUGAGAAUGGUACAGUGGUGUAUAGCAUCAGCCCAGCGAAUCCCUUCUACAAUAUAAACAGCAGCACAGGGAAGAUCCGCACCAGCGGGGCGGUCCUGGACAGAGAGAGCACCAGUCCCAAAGACGCCCUGCUUAUGAGGACCAUCAUAGUGUCCGCCACGGACCGUGGAAGACCACCACUGCGCUCCUCGGUCAGCACCACAGUGUAUGUAAACCUGCUGGACCUCAAUGACAACGACCCCGCCUUCCUCAACCUUCCAUUCGUUGCUGAGGUCCCAGAGGGUCUUCCCAUUGGCUCCUCUGUAUUUAGGAUCCAGGUGUCAGACCCGGAUGAGGAUAAGAACGGUCAGGUCACCAUGGCGCUGCAGGUGGGGAUGCCGCGACUGGACUUUGCCCUGAACACCACCACGGGGGUGCUGGUGUCUACAGCGAAUCUGGACCGCGAGGCGAUCGCGCAGUACCUGCUCAGAGUGGUGGCGUACGACGCAGGCCAGUUCCCCCGCACCUCCACCAGCACCCUCACUGUCACAGUGCUGGACAUAAAUGACGGGACCCCCACCUUCUUCCCAAAUGUGUACAACGUGUCCCUGCAGGAAAGUGUCCCACGGGACUUUGUGGUGACACGCCUCAACUGCACCGACAGUGACACCGGACUCAAUGCUGAGCUUAGCUACUUCAUCACAGGGGGGAACCAAGACGGGAAGUUCAGCGUGGGCUUCAGGGAUGGAGUGGUGCGCACGGUGGUGGGGCUGGACAGGGAGACCCAGGCUGCGUACACCCUGCUGAUUGAGGCUAUUGACAAUGGACCAGCGGGUAGUAGAAGGACAGGGACAGCCACCGUCUAUGUAGAGGUCCUGGAUGUCAACGACAACCGACCUAUUUUCCUGCAGAACAGCUACGAGACCAGCAUCAUAGAGACCGCCCCCCGCGGAACCAGCAUCGUGCAGGUGCAGGCCACAGAUGCAGACCAGGGGGAGAACGGCAGAGUUCUGUACAGGAUCCUGUCUGGGAACAGCAACCGCCAGUUCAGCAUCAAUGAGCUUACAGGGCUGGUGACCCGGGGCGAGAGGGCUCUGGACCGUGAGACCAGCAGCUCCCAUGUCCUGGAGGUGGAGGCCUACAACAGCGACCAGGGCAGCAUGAGGAGUGCCGUCAGGGUGAUUGUGUAUGUGGAAGACGCUAACGACGAGUCCCCAGUCUUCACUCAGCAGCAGUACAACCGUCUGGGUCUGAGAGAGACAGCUGGCAUCGGCACCUCUGUCAUUGUGGUCAGAGCCACCGACCCAGACACUGGUGAUGGAGGGGCUGUGGCCUAUGCCAUAGUGUCAGGUGCAGACAGGAAGUUUGAGGUUGACGUAAGCACAGGCCUGGUGACUACAGUGGAUUACCUGGACUAUGAGACGAAGACCAGCUACCUGAUGAACGUGUCGGCGACGGACCAGUCCCCGCCGUUUCACAAGGGCUACUGCACCGUGUACGUCACCCUGCUCAACGAGCUGGAUGAGGCGGUGGCCUUCUUCGCCCCUGGGUACGAGGUAUCGCUGCGUGAGAACAUCGCGACAGGAACAGAGGUGGUGCAGGUCCGGGCGCAGUCCGCCGACAACCUGAACCAGCUGACGUACCGCUUCGACCCCGACACCUCCCCCGCCGCGCUCGCCCUCUUCAGGAUUGACAGCAUCACCGGGCGUAUCACAGUCACAGGGUUGCUGGACAGAGAGAAGGGGGACCUGUACACCCUGACGGUUGUGGCUGAUGAUGGGGGACCCAAGAAAGACUCCACUGUGAAGGUGUCAAUCACCAUAUUGGACGAGAACGACAAUAGCCCUGAAUUUGACAUCACGUCUGAUGUGUCAGUGGAUAUUCCAGAGAACAUGCCCAUUGGGAAGAGAGUGGCAGUGGUGUUGGCGCGGGACAAGGACAGUGGAAACAAUGGAUUGGUGAACUUCACAUUGGUGGCAGGUAACAUGCAGGAUGUGUUUGAGAUACGCACCAUUAACCACACCUACGGGGAGGUUUACGUCAACUCCAUCCUGGACCGGGAGACCGUGGACCGCUACCUGCUCAAGGUGAGAGCAACGGACAAUGGCUCUCCCCGUCGGUACACAGACAUGUCACUCACCAUCAACAUCCUGGACGUCAACGACAAUGCGCCGAUCAUCGCAAGCCGCACUGGAUACAACAUCAGCAUCAGUGAGAAUGUGGGUGGGGGCACAUCCGUCCUGCGCGUAGUGGCCACAGACCGUGACAUCGGCUCCAACGCCAUGCUCUUCUACUACAUCACCGGGGGCAACCAGGACCUGACCUUCCGCAUGGACCGCAUGACAGGGGAGAUAGUGACCAGGCCCUCCCCGCCCGACCGCGAGAGGCAGCAGCAGUACCAGCUCAACGUGACCGUGGAGGAUGAUGGUACUCCCCCACUGUCGUCCGCAACCACAGUUUGGGUGUACAUUUUGGAUGAGAACGACAACGCACCGCAGUUUCUGGAGGAGGAAUACGUGACGGUGCUGAGUGAGGGUCCGGGCACCGUGGGCCUCACCAUCGCAACAGUGAGAGCCGUCGACCCCGACGAGGGAGUGAACGGCACCCUGCGCUACGCCAUCGCCCAGGGGAACCUGGCGCAGACGUUCCGCAUCAACCCAAUCAACGGGACGAUCGUAGCAGUGAAGGAGCUGGACUACGAGAUCAGCGCCGGGCACUACACGCUCGUUGUCACGGCAACCGACCAGUGUGCCAUCCUUGCGCUCCGACUGACGGCCACCACCACGGUGCUGGUGAACGUGCUCGAUGUGAACGAUGUAACCCCCACCUUCCCCCGGCCGCUGGAGGGGCCGUUCGACAUCACAGAGGGGCAGCCGGGGCCCAGGGUCUGGACCCUCAAAGCCACCGAUGAGGACUCUGGGCUUAAUGGCAAAGUGGAGUACAGCAUCACUGCAGGGGACCCCCAGAAUGAGUUUGUGAUCUCUCCAGUGGAUGGCGAGCUGCGGGUCAGGAGAGACGUGGAGCUCGACAGGGAGACCACAGCUUUCUAUAACAUCACCGUCACUGCGCGCGACCUGGGGACUCCACCACUCAGCAGCACGGUCGUGGUCAGUGUGAAUGUCCUGGACAUCAAUGAUAAUGACCCGGUUCUCUUGAACCUGCCCCAUAACGUGAGCGUUAGUGAGGGGGCUCAGAUCCACACCUCGGUGGCCAGGGUUCGAGCGCAGGACGCCGACAGUGGCCGCAAUGCCCUUCUUACCUUCAACAUCACCGCCGGCAACACAGACGGCGCCUUCUACAUCAACGACACUACAGGGGUGGUGCAGGUUAACAGACCCCUGGACAGAGAGCGAGUGGCUGAGUAUACGCUCACCAUCACUGUCAAAGACAACCCCGAGAACCCCCGUAUCGCCCGCAGGGACUCAGACCUCCUGGUGAUCUCGAUUCUGGACGAGAAUGACAACCGGCCUAUUUUCACUCAGCCUAGCUACCGGGCUGAGAUUAAUGAGAACUCCCCUGCAGGCAGGGAGGUGACAAUGCUGAACGGGCCCGUGUUGGCAGAGGACAGGGACAUUGGGCCAAAUGCAGUGGUGAAGUACCGGCUCACUGGCUCAAGACUGGACCUCUUUACUGUGGACUCAGUCACAGGUGUGGUGAAAGUGCGACAGGGGGCGGUGUUGGACAGAGAGGCAUUUUUGGACCCCCGAGUGGAGCUUUUCCUGGUGGCUGAGGAUGUGGGGGGCCUGAAUAGCAGUGUUCCCCUCACCAUCUCCAUCCUGGACCAGAAUGACAACCCCCCUGUCUUCAGCCCCUCCAGCAUCACCGUUCACCUGCCCGAAAACAGCCGCACGGGGGUGGUGGUGACCCAGCUCUCGGCGAGUGAUGCAGACUCGGGCUCUAACGGCUGGCUGCUGUACAGGCUGGAGAGUGGGGCGCAGGACCGCUUCAUCGUGGACUCCUUCUCCGGAGCUGUCCUGGUGGGGAAUGCCACCCUGGACAGGGAGGAGCGUGGCUCGUACCGGCUCGUCAUUGUGGCCACUGACCGCGGCACCCCCUCGCUCUCCGGCACCGCCACGCUGUCUGUCGUCCUGGACGACAUCAACGACUCCCGGCCCCGCUUCCUGCAGCCGGUGCAAACGGUGAACGUGAACGAAUCCACUCCUCCGGGCGCAGUGGUGGCCACCCUCACAGCCGAGGACCCUGACCUUCAUCCCCGUCUGGAGUACUACAUCAUCUCUGUGGAGGCCAGAGACGACGGGAACAACCCUGUGGAUGGUCUGCAAGAUUCCUUUGGCAUUGAAUUCCACACAGGUGCAGUGUUUGUGCGUAACCCGCUGAACAGAGAACUGGUGGCCAGCUUUGAGAUUACCGUAUCCGUUCAUGACAACGCCAGCGAUGUCAUCGACCAGUCAGUCAGUGUGCCCAAUGCGCGGCUGACUGUGAACGUGCUGGAUGUGAACGAUAACGUCCCUCGCUUCCGCCCAUUCGGGGUGUCCAAUUUCUCUGAGAUGAUUCUGGAGGGGGCUCAGCCUGGGACCACACUGUUGUCCGUCUCAGCAGUCGACCCAGACAAGGGUCCCAACGGCCAGGUGACCUACGAACUGCUCCACCUGCCCCGCGGGGGGUAUGUGCGCCUUGAGGACCCCUCCACAGGGAAGAUUAUUGCGAACAGGACCGUGGACUUCGAGCAGGUCCAGUGGCUGAACUUCACUGUCCGAGCCCAGGACCAGGGCAGUCCGCCCCGUGCGGCCGAGCUGCCUGUGUUCCUUCGCAUCGUUGACGUCAAUGACAACAACCCCAUCUUCACUCAGCCCUCUUACCAGAAGCCUGUGUUUGAGGACGUGGCUCUGGGCACAGUCAUUCUGAGGGUCAGUGCGACCGACGCAGACUCUGGACUCUUUGCUGUCAUUGAGUAUAGCCUGGUGGACGGAGAGGGCAAGUUCGGCAUCACCCCCUCUACAGGCGACAUCUACAUCCUCUCUCCUCUGGACCGAGAGGUGAAGGACCACUACACCCUGACCGCAGUUGCCCGGGACAAUCCAGGGGGUAGUGCCAACAACCGCCGAGAGAACUCAGUCCAGGUUCUGGUGACGGUUCUGGAUGUGAACGACUUCCGGCCGCAGUUCUCGCAGAGGGUCUUCAGCACGAGCGUGUUUGAGAACGAGCCGAGCGGGACGUCGGUGAUCACACUGACCGCGACCGACCUGGACGAGGGGGAGAACGGGCUGCUGACAUACAGCCUGCAGGGGCCUGGCGCUGGUAAGAUCACUGCGUUCUCUCUGGACCCGGACACGGGGCUGGUGCGCUCCCUGCGUCUGCUGCAGUCCUUCGAGCGCUUCAACCUGACGGUGGUGGCCACCGAUAAGGGCCGCCCCCCGCUGUGGGGCACCGCCUCCCUGCGCAUCACUGUCAUCGACGUCAACGACAACAGGCCCCUGUUCGUCCGGCCCGCCAAUGGCACCAUCAUGCACAUCCUGGAGGAGCAGCCCCCCGGGCUGGUGGUGUAUGAGGUGUUCGCCACAGACGGAGACGAGGGCGUGAACGGAGAGGUGCGCUACGCCUUCCUGCAGACCGGCGCGGGGAACCGGGACUGGGAGAAUUUCCACAUCGACGCUCUGACCGGGGUCAUCACCACGGCGGUCAGACUGGACCGAGAAAAACAGGCUCUGUACAGCCUGAUCGUUGUGGCCUAUGACCUGGGGCAGCCUGUGCCUUAUGAGACAACGCAGCCCCUGCAGGUGGCGCUGUCUGACAUUGAUGACAAUGAGCCAGUCUUCCUUAAGCCCCCGAGGGGCAGUUUGCCAUAUCAGACGCUCUCGGUGCCCGAGCACUCCGAACCCGGCACAGUGGUGGGGAACGUGACUGGCGCUGUGGAUGCAGACGAGGGCUCCAAUGCCGUGGUGUAUUACUUCAUAGCAGCAGGCGACAGGGAGAAUAAUUUUGGGCUGAGCCCCGCCGGUGUGCUGCGGGUAAAGAAGGAUCUGGACCGCGAGGAGAUCCCGGUGUACUCCAUCAUCGUCAAGGCUUCCAGCAACCGCAACUGGACGCCCCCGCAGGGUCAGAGGUCAUCCCGCGCCCGCACCCUCAACCCCAGCCUCGACCCCACCCUGCAGGAGGUCAGGAUCUACCUGGAGGACAUCAACGACCAGCCGCCCCGCUUCACCAAGCUGGAGUACACCGCAGGUGUGGCGGCGGACGCUAAGGUGGGCUCGGAUCUGAUUAGAGUGCAGGCAGUGGACAACGACGUUGGCAACAACAGCCUGGUCCUGUACAGAAUUCUGUCCAUUCACUACAUCAAGCUGCAGUCCAACGACUCAGAGGACGUGGGCAACGUGUUCAUCAUCGGUGAACUGGACGGCAUCUUGCGCACCUUCGACCUCUUCACAGCGUACGACCCGGGGUACUUUGUGGUGGAGGUGCUGGCGCGCGACCUCGCCGGGCACAGCGACAUGGCGCUGGUGGGCAUCUACAUCCUGCGGGACGACCAGCGCGUGAAGAUCGUCAUCAACGAGAUCCCGGAGAGGGUCCGCCUCUUCCAGGAGGAGUUCGUCAACCUGCUGGCCAACAUCACCGGAGCCAUCGUCAACACAGACGACGUGCAGUUCCACGUUGACAAGAAGGGUCGCGUGAACUUCGCCCAGACAGACGUCCUCAUCCACGUGGUCAACAAGCAGACCAAUCGGAUUCUAGACGUAGAGAGAGUGAUCCAAAUGAUUGACGAGAACAAGGAGCAACUGAGGAACCUCUUCAGAAACUACAACAUCCUAGACGUGCAGCCGGCCGUGAGUGGGAAAGCCCCUGAUGACCUCACCACACUGCAGAUGGCCAUCAUUAUCCUGGCUGUGUUGCUCCUCCUGGCAGCCAUGCUCUUCAUCUUCAUGAACUGGUACUACCGCACAGUACACAAGAGGAAGCUGAAAGCCAUCGUUGCGGGAUCCACAGGUAACCAGGGCUUCAUGGACAUCCUGGACAUGCCCAACACUAACAAGUACUCCUUUGAAGGGGCGAAUCCUGUUUGGUUGGAUCCAUUCUGCCGGAACCUGGAGCUGGCAGCACAAGCCGAGCAUGAGGACGACCUCCCAGAGAACCUCAGUGACAUCACCGACCUCUGGAACAGCCCUGCCCGCACACACGGCACAUUUGGCCAUGAGCCCCAGGCCUCUAAACCUGAAGACGACCGCUACCUGAGGGCAGCCAUCCAGGAGUACGACAACAUUGCCAAGCUGGGUCAGAUCAUGAGGGAAGGGCCCAUCAAGGGUUCACUGCUCAAUGUUGUGCUGGACGACUACCUGAGGCUCAAAAAGUUGUUCGCUGCCCGACUGGUUACCAAGUCCACCAGUGGCGACCGGUCGUCCAUCACAGAGCUGAUCCAGAGUGACCUGGACGACGACGACGACGAGCGCGUAGGCAUGGGGGGCAGCCGGGGGACCCUGCGCUUCAAGCACAAGCUCCCCGUGGAGCUGCGGGGCCCGGAAGGCGUGCAUGUGGUCCACGGCAGCACGGGCACACUCCUGACCUCUGACCUCAACAGCCUGCCAGAGGACGACCAGCGGGCCCUGGCACGCUCCCUGGAGGCUCUGCACGCCGACGGCGGCCUCUACACCGAGCGUAACGCCCGCACCGAGUCGGCCAAGUCCACGCCGCUGCACCGCAACAAGGGCUCGGACACACUGUCGGAGAGCCCCCUGGAGAUCACAGAGUUAUGACUAGCCGAGGCCUCGCUGGUCUGAGAACAGCUGUGCGCGCGCUCCUGCCUCCCUCCUGCUCCGCGGACGACUGCACACUACGACUUUUAGGGGACGGGAGGGGAGUGCAGGGACAAAUAGGUGCGGUGUGAGCAGUCCAAGAAUUUAUGCAGGGUACGCACUCCCACUCCAAAACAAGCCCGGUUUCAUGUGAGAACACCAGCUAAUGCAAGAAAAGAA